CGCCCUCAUUCAAGCUGUCGGUCGACAUUCCUUAUUUCAAGCCCUCGUCUGUCUCCCUCUUUCGAAUAUUGGACUCAUUAGUGUAAGCACAAUGUGCUGACGCGGGCUUUCUCAUACACCAGCGUCACUCGAUAGCUAUCUUUGAUUUUUUACCCCCUCGGCCGACCUUCGUUAUCAACGCAAUUCACAGGAUCAAAAGUGGACACACCAAACGGCCUCCUUGGGCUCCCAAGGAUUGCGGGGCAGGUUCUAGAGCAAAUUAAAUCUGGGGAUAUGCAAAACAAAGCGUUGUUGGCUUACAACUGCCCUCCUGAAAUUCGACUCCGAUCUUACAGAGAACAAGUUCGAACUGGUUUUCCACGUAAAAUGGGUCUGGAUUGCCUCGGUACAUGCUCCCGUUCCUUCCGCCUUGCUACUUGAAGAGCUCUGUUGAUACUCUAUUGAAAGUUGUCUGGUUCUCUAACAUCAGUCGCACUUCUGGUAAUCUAUUUGCCGCUGGUCCAGUCGACCUCCGCUUAGCUUAUCCUUUUGGUACCACUCCCUCUCUUCUCGCACUCUGGCGUUGUUGUAGCUCAACUUGAUACUGUCCUGUACUUAGUGUUUCUCUGACUUGCAUCGGCAUUCUAGAAUCGCCUGAACGAGCCGUCCAUCUUUACACCCAAAUAGCUGUGUCUUAAUAUGAACUCGAUAUUCAUCUCAUGUGUAUUCCUAUUCUGCUUUGAGCAUGACGAAAGUCGCGCCCAGAAGUGCCGGCUCAAAACUACCAUGACUACUUUCAACUCUACCCUUGGGAAUGUAACGAGCGACCGCAGCCUCUACGACAAGGCCUCAAGUGCAGUGCUUCUAGAUGGAAUACUUCAAUCUUUUACUAUCGGACUAAUCGCUGGACAAGCGUUCAAAUAUUGGGCUGACUACCGAGAUGAUUCGAGGCAAAAGCGGUUGUUUACUGCUAGCGUUGUAUUGUUCUCUGUUUUACAAACUAUUAUCGAGAUCUACAAGGUCUGGUUGAUCAUGAUUCGCAAGGAGAAGUGGUCUGGGAGUGCUAUCGCUUGGUCUGAUCUCUUUAUCAACGGCUGCAUUUGUUCGAUGUGUCAGUCUUUCUUCAUAAGGAGGUGUUGGAAGAUGACUGGUAGAAGGCGAAUAGUUUUGUAUCCUCUUACUUUCCUCGCCGCCUUGAUUGUAGUUCUGGUUGUCUUCAUGGUUGUCAACAUGGCACUGUCCUUUAGUACUCAUCAAAGAAGCCAUGAAGAGUUUCGUAAAUUGAUGCAAGCUAUGAGAAUAGGCUUUGCAAUCUGGACCUCUUUGUCGCUAUUUUUGGACGUUGUCGUCGCCUCUAUUCUGGUCAAUUCGCUUUGGAAAGCGAGAGCUGGAACAUUGGCAGCGGAUGACGUUGUGCGCCAGGUCAUUUCAAUCACAUUUCAAUCGGCCGUACUUCCAGCAAUAUCGAUGAUAACCGCCGUCAUCUUGUCCAACUAUACCACGCAGCGCAAUCUCGUUCUGCUCUUUCUUUUGUUGACAGGGAAGCUGUACACCUUUGGGUUUCUGCGUACUCUGAAUUCGCGAGACAAGUUGCGCAAGCGCAUGAGGUCAGGGUCUCGCGAUCUAGGUCGUACCAGUCUGAGCCCUCGUGCGCAAUUCGAUACGUGUGCAUGGAAAAUGGCUACUCAGCCCGCGGAAGUGACGGUACAGGCUUCCCGCAAGGCAGAUGCUCCCGUCGAUCCCCUAUCGAUCCCACCAACCGUCCACACGGCUGAAGGACUAGACACUCGUGUUGGUAUUAAACUUCCCGUAGGGUCCGGCAUUGCUUCGACGGAAUUCCAGCUGAGUUCUCCACGACUCGAUGCUUCUGAACGUGGCAUCCCGAGGAAUAGGAUUCCUAGUCGACGUUAGACUGAAUUUUGUUCGCU